UCGAUUUCCACCAGUUCGAUAGAAACGCGUUUUUUCUUGAGAUUAUCUGGCUACUGAAGAUUCCACUUCCAAGCAAUAUGCCACGAACUCGCUCAAUGAAGCCUGAACAGUCCGUUCGUAGCGACAGCGAGCUCUCGGACCCCAAUGAUAUCACAACACCACCAUCCGCAGCCUUCAAAACCCAAUUAUCCAAAUACCAAUACAAUGACGCCAAACCCACUACAAAACACAGCCCACCAGUUUCCGCACCCCCAAAACGCCCAGCAAAACGCGCGCGAACAACCAUAACACUCGCCCCUGAAGACACCCCUGCAGCAUCCCCCCGACCCACAAAGAAGCGCAAACCCAGCAAAUACGCCGAGCCCGCAAAAUACGCACACCUCUCCCCACUUAUCGACAUCCUGGAGCCAAACUUGAUAUGCGUCUUCGUGGGGACAAACCCAGGCGUCCAGACGGCCGUCGCAGGCCACGCCUACGCGCACCCGUCGAACCACUUCUGGAAGCUGCUCCACGCCUCAGGACUCACAGAUCGGCGGCUCAAGCCCGAGGAAGACAGGAGCUUGCCCGCGCGCUACUGCAUGGGCAAUACGAAUAUUGUCGAGCGCCCGUCAAAGGACGCCGCGGAGCUGAGCAGGCAGGAAACUGCUGCCGGCACCGCUGCGCUUGAGGAUAAGUUCCGCAGAUAUAGGCCUGAGGCGGUGUGUAUAGUGGGUAAGGGUAUUUGGGAGGCUAUCUGGCGGUAUCGGUUUGGGAAGAAUCCGAGUAAAGCGGAGUUUGCGUAUGGGUGGCAGGAUGAAAAGCAUAAUAUGGGGAAGAGCGAGGUGGGGGAUGAGGAAGUUGGUGGGAAUGGGGAGGUGUGGAUGGGCGCGAGGGUGUUUGUUACGACGAGUACGAGUGGAUUGGCGGCGAGCUUGAAACCAGCGGAGAAAGAGGCGAUUUGGAAGCCGUUUGGCGAGUGGGUGCAGAAGAGGAGGCUUGAGCGUGGGUUUGUUGCGGCGGAGGUGAAUGUAUGAGUUUGGGUUUCUGUGAUCGCAGUAAUCAUAGCAUCGAGAGUUGUGGUGGUGCUGUGGGAUUUGAUUGCAUGUAUUUUGAAAUGUGGUCAUUGAAUCAAAUCAAUUACGUGGAGGUAAACAUGCGUGAAUGAAAGUAUACAUAAAAAUUUACUACUCGUCUUGAAG